CGCCUCGAGGCUCUUGAUGAUCAUGGCGUACUGACAAAACAGUGCGAUCGACGUCGCCCGUCGUGUACACAAUGCUUAAGGGUCAACCAGGAGUGCUCUGGGUAUCGCGAUCCCAACGUUCUAAGAAUCUGCGACCAAACCGACGAGAUUACAGUGAAAGUCGAAGGUCGAGGGACGAUCACCCGCAAACAACGCAAGUCGCCUUCUUCGUCAAAGCCUCCCUCUCCAGCCUCAGCCUCUAUACUCCCUCCGCCAACCACGAUCGACGACCAGGUCAUGUCGCAUAUCUUCACUUACUACGUCGGUACAACGCGAGUCCAGGGUCUCCUCUCCUACCUGCCCCACCUGCUAAGCACCGACCCGUCCCCUGCACUCCAAGCCACGAUCAAAGCUGCAGGGCUAGAGAGCAUGGCGAGAAUCAACCGACUUCCCGAACUAAAGCGCGCAGCAGGGGAACAGUAUGGGAAAGCCCUGAUUGCCACUAACAACGCACUACGAGACCCAUCAUCGGCCAAAUCCGACUCCACUCUCGGGGCUGUUAUAUUACUCGGCAUGUAUGAGUUGAACACGUUCCCGAGUCCAAUGCGGGGCUGGUCGCAGCAUGUUCGCGGAGCCACAAAGCUUGUUGAACUACGUGGGAUGGAGCAGUUGAACUCAGCAACGGGACUCGAGUUGUUCAGACUGGUGCGCUUGCAGAAUACAUUCUGCGACAUACUAAUUCAACUACACGACCUCUCUGUCGAAGUGGACAACGCCGCCUUGGCUGACGAUUCCAUCGACACUCUGAGCGUACCAAUUAGCAACGCCCUCCACCUUGACACUGACCUGCGGUCCUGGGCCAUGUCACUCGGUCCGCAUUGGCAAUUCUCCGUUGUUGACAUACACAGUAACCCUAAAUCUCGCCCGCAAAUCCCUCUUCACAGCGACACUUACCACGUAUACAAGGCCGUCGGGGUAGUCUCAAUGUGGAAUCACUACCGUCAAACCCGAAUCAUAUUACACGAAAUGAUCAGAUCAAUGGCUCUACGUCUCUGGGGCCUACAAGGAACACCAGAAUGCCAACAGAUUGUGUUCGACUCGAUAGACAUUAUCAAGCAAAUGACCGACGAUAUCUGCGCUAGUGUUCCAUACCACUUUGUAUCUGGGGAACUGACAUUCACAGCUGUGGUUCGCCUGCUAUGGCCUCUGUUUGUGGCGGGCGACUGUGCGAGUUCAGAUCCCGCCACGAAGAAAUGGAUCGUCCAGACUUUGGAGCUCAUUGGGAAUACGACGGGAAUUCAACAGGCCCUUGGUAUGGCGAAGAUGCUCAGGAAUGGACAUACGAGGAGCUUUAUUCCGGGGACGUGA